AUGGGCAGGUUCAUAGACAGGUACAGGGAGCUGAGGAAUUUGUGGGAGGUUAAAAACCCCUUACAUCAUAAUAAACCAGCCAGGAAGGCAAAGCCGGAGAAACUGCUGGAAUUAGUGAAGACACAGGUCCCCGACGCAGACAUCGAGUUUGUGGAUAAGAAAAUUGGUAGCACGAGGAGCACGUAUAGGAAGGAGCGUAGAAAGGUCCUGGAUUCCCUCAAAUCAGUAGCAGCCAGGGAAUCACAUUCCACCCUUCCCUCAACCCUUCCCUCCACCCUAGCUGAGGCUUCCAAGGACCAACCUGGGCCUUCCAUCCUGGAAGAAGUGGAGGAGCCCAGCUGGAGCCAGAGAGCUAUAAUAGUUUCUCAGUUACUAGAGAGCUAUGCUUCCAAUGCUAAUGACCAGGCAUUCCAGGAUAAUCCACGGGCACCAAUAACUGUUCUACCAUUUUCUGCUUCUCAAAGUGAAGAAAGUCCUGACGAGAGGAUAGGAAACACAACAUGGUGUCGGCGACUAAGGAAAACUGCAUAUCGUGCUUUUAUUGGGUGGAUUUAUGGCUUUCUUGGGAAAGGCAACCGGAAAGUCAUCCCAUCUUGUGUUGUCAAUUCGAUUAGAGAGGCAUUUCCAGAUCCAAAUGGGUCAUAUGAAGAGAGAGAGAGAGAGAAAGAGAAAAGAAGGGAGAGAGAGAGAAAGAGAAGAAAGAAAGAAAGAGGAGAGAGAGAGAGAGAGAGAGAGAGAGAGAGAGAGAGAGAGAGAGAAAGAGAAGAGAGAGAAAAAGAAGAGAGAGAGAGAGAGAGAAAGAGAAGAGAGAGAGAGAAAGAGAAGAGAGAGAAAGAAAGAGAAGAGAGAGAGAAAGAGAAGAGAGAGAGAGAGAGAGAAGAGAGAGAGAGAGAGAGAGAGAGAGAGAGAGAGAGAAAGAGAAGAGAGAGAGAGAGAGAAAGAGAAGAGAGAGAGAGAAAGAGAAGAGAGAGAGAGAAAGAGAAGAGAGAGAGAAAGAGAAGAGAGAGAGAGAAAGAGAAGAGAGAGAGAGAAAGAGAAGAGAGAGAGAGAGAAAGAGAAGAGAGAGAAAUAGAGAAUGAGAGAGAGAGAGAGAGAGAAAGAGAAGAGAGAAUGAGGGAGGGAGAGAGAGAAGAGAGAGAGAGAGAAAGAGAGAGGAGGAAGAAAAAGAGAAGAGAGAGAGAGAGAAAGAGAAGAGAGAGAGAGAAAGAGAAGAGAGAGAGAAAGAGAAGAGAGAGAGAGAGAGAGAGAGAAAGAGAGAGAGAGAAAGAAAGAAAGAGAAAGAAAGAAAGAGAAGAGAGAGAAAGAGAAGAGAAGAGAGAGAAAGAGAAGAGAGAGAAAGAAAGAGAGAGAGAGAGAGAGAGAGAGAGAGAGAGAGAGAGAGAAAGAGAAAGAGAAAGAGAGAGAGAGAGAGAGAAAGAGAAGAGAGAGAAAAAAGAGAAGAAAGAGAAGAAGAAAGAGAAAGAGAAAGAGAAGAAAGAGAAGAAGAAAGGGAAAGAGAAGAAAGAGAAAGAGAAGAAAGAGAAAGAGAAGAAAGAGAAAGAGAAGAAAGAGAAGAAGAAAGAGAAAGAGAAAGAGAAAGAGAAGAAGAAAGAGAAAGAGAAAGAGAAAAAAAAAGAGAAAGAGAAAGAGAAAGAGAAGAAAGAGAAGAAGAAAGAGAAAGAGAAGAAAGAGAAGAAGAAAGAGAAAGAGAAGAAAGAGAAGAAGAAAGAGAAAGAGAAGAAGAAAGAGAAGAAGAAAGAGAAACAGAAGAAAGAGAAGAAGAAAGAGAAGAAAGAGAAAGAGAAGAAAGAGAAGAAGAAAGAGAAAGAGAAGAAAGAGAAGAAGAAAGAGAAAGAGAAGAAAGAGAAGAAGAAAGAGAAAGAG